AUGGAUCACCUGAUCCAACAGCUGCAAUUAGCAGCUGCUGCACAUGCGCAGAUACCCAGUCCUAGAGCAAUGACCGCUCAUCCGCAUCCGCAUCCGCAUCUGCAGCAAAAUCCGUAUCCGCAUGCGUCAUCUGCACUGCAGCUAUAUGCAGCAGCAGCCGCCGCCAACCUGCAAAUGGCAGGAUGGUCGUCCAUGGCCAGCGUUCCCAUCGUAACGGGGAGCCCGACGGACUCGCCAGGAUCCGAAACCAGUUCUCCCACCAUCUACAUCCUCCGCCAGCUGGCGCUUGUGCAGCGGGUGAGUGCAGCCGCCGCAGCAGCCUCGAUUCAGCAGCAAAGAGACCGAAAACGGGAUCGGGGAAAAGAUCAGGAUGGACAAACCAUACAAUCCGAGUCAGUGGAGAUCCAUAAAAAUGCAGGAAAUCAAUCGGGCGAGCAGGAAAGCCCAGGCCGGCCUCCGCAUGACAUCCGCGAGGGCCCGCUUCACGAGGAAGGGAUUAACUGCGAGGAUCACAAGCAUAAAUCCUAUAAAGAGCCCAAAUCAAGUCAAAAAGCAGAUAACGACACGGAAUCUUCAAAGCGUAGGCGCUGCAGGACCAACUUCAACUCCUGGCAGCUGGAGGAAAUGGAAAAAGCCUUCCUCGGAAGCCACUAUCCUGACAUUUUUAUGCGAGAGACCUUGGCGAUGCGGCUCAAUCUGAAGGAGAGCCGCAUAGCGGUUUGGUUCCAGAACCGCCGGGCUAAGUGGCGAAAAAAAGAUCACACCAUAAAAGGUCCUGGAAGACCGGCGCACAAUUCCCAACUGCAGAGCUGUAGUGGAGCUCCGAUUCCACUGGAGGAACUGUGGGCCAGGGAAAGAGCCCAGCGAAGCAAGCGGAUGAAAAAGGUCAUCGAACGUCAGGCGAGGAAAUUGCGUCUUAGGGGAUACGAGGUCAACCUCAAGCGGCUGAGGGCGGACUAUCUGGCGGCCAACAAGGACAACUUGCAGGACCAGCAGGACCAGAACCCGGAUUGUGACCCGGAGGCCAUGGACUGCUACAACGGGGACGACCUACCCAUCGUUGUGGUGGGCAAAGGCAAGAAGGACAUGACAGGCGAUGAUCAGGACAAUCCCUUCUGCUCCUCGAGAACUUACCCAAAAACCAGCGGCAGCAAACUGGACCCCGACGAUAUGGGAAUGCUCAUAAAGCUGAAGACGGCCCCCCAUCCUUCGUCCCCUGCAAGGAGCAAGCCCCUCUACAGCUCCCCCUUCAGCAUCGACUCCCUACUGUGCUCAUGA